UUGCGGAAACUCGCAUGCUGACAGAUCAAGAGAAAUGAAGACGCAGCAGGUAAAGCCGGAAGCAGCAAUGGACAGCUUCCUCGCGGUUUUAGGCCUGUGGCGAAAACCUGUUGCUAGAGACGGAUUCUGUUUAUUUCGUGCAGUUUCCGAGCAGGUAUAUUGCACGCAGACAUUUCACCAAAACAUAUAUGAACUAGCAAAGUUCUACUACCAAAAGUGGAAUGAAGAGGAAGAUGGAUAUUUCUGGACAGAAAUUGAUGUGAUACAGACCCUGUCAAAGAUAUACAGGAGAGAGUUUGUCAUCUAUGAGAGUCCUGGCAAACCUCCUGUCAGUGUUACCAAAAAUGGAUAUGAAGAAAGGGUGUUACUCUGCAGGCUAGAGGACAGCCAUUUGGACUGUGUAUAUAGUAAGACAUACAUGCAAGAUGCUGCUAUCUGUCAAUCAAUCGUCUAUGAGAUUCUGUAUCGUCGUGUUUUCAAACUGGACUCUGAGCUUGAGGAGGCGGUGCAACUAAUACGGGAACAAAACAAGAAGAGAAACACAGAAUGGGAUCGACCAUGUCUAAGUGACAGUCCAGGAUCUGUUGCCAGUAGUAACAGCAGCAGCAGCAGCAGUGAAGCACGGGAGCAACGUAACAAGGACCGACAGCUGAAAAAAACAACACCGCCCCUUCCAUACCGAAUUGCUAAGGCGCUGGAUCCCCUCAUAUACCGUAAUACAGAGCUGGACAUCUGGGAGGAAGACAGGAGAGAGGCAAUCCAUCGGGAAAAAUUCCGACAUUUCACUUUCUCACCAGGUGACAAGUGCCAGGUGAUACUAGACAGCGGACCUAUCUACCAUGGCCAUGUCCAGGAGAUAGGUGACAAAGAGAACCCGGUGGUAGUGUACAUUGAGGAACUGGGGGAGAAACGAGAGAUACCGUUAGACAGUCUUCGCCCUACUAAAUCCACCUUACGUGCUGACUUGCUGUGGAAAAGUUGGAGACGAAAGAGUCCUAUUAUGCCGGUAGCUCAAUUAGGACCAAGCAUCCCAAACUGUCCUCCUCCUCUUGUGCCUAAAAUGGCCGGCCCAAACACCAGACCUAACAACAUGAUGCCAUUAAAACAGAUUCAGAACACCAGUCAACAGACGAGGGAAGUGGUCCACACUGUAGUACCACAAAAUGGACCGCAAGCCACACCCCUAAAACUGCCACAGCCUCUGCAGUCCCCCUAUCUUAUGACCCAGGGACCUCCUCCACCUGUUCAACCUAUGAAUGGGAACUGUAACCUCCCCCUCCUCAACGGCCCAUUUCCAGGACCCUUCCAUAAAGGCAAUGGCCCUGUGUACAACGCAGCUCCUCAACAAGCACUAACCCCACAGCACUUAAUCCCACCCCCACCGUCAACAGAGAUACAGGUGGUGUCCCCUGGUGGCAAUCAGAUGUACCCAUGUAUUUGGGUUCCCUUCAUGGACAGCAUGUCACUGCGACAGGUCAAUGUCAAUAUGCCUCCGUCACAGGAUCCCAUGGGGCAAGAUCUACCUUUUACAGAUACACAGACUAUGAGAUUCUUCUUCAACCUUGGAGUAGAGUACUAUCGAUCCGUAAGCCAGAUGAGCUGUUCCAUGUCGGUCAACAGCUGUCCACCACAGGGUCAGUCUGGUAUUGUUUACUGUCAGUCCAAAUCCUCCUCCUCCUCAUCAAACAACAACAUCAGCAAACACACCACAAAACCACCACCAACACAGCCUAACACAAAAUCCAGAGUCGACCCAUGCCUUGCCAGUCCAUCUGAGCUUGACGAUAAGAGGAGUAAUACUUCCGCUGACAGCGGAUGCGAGUCUGAAAGCUCGGCAACUGUAUCUGGUCACCCGAGCAACAGCAAAAAUGAAGGCUACAUGACACUUCUGAAAGAAAGUGUGGCCACUGUUAAAUCUGUGUCAAAUGAAAGUAAUCUAGAGAAAAUUAGUGCAUGCUCAGAUAUGUCUGUAGGCGAGUCAAAUGAAGGGUCGAUCAUCAACGAGCAGGACCAGCAGGCCGGGCGUCAGAUGAAACAUAGGCGGAAAUAUUAUAUGUAUGGUGACCUCAAGCUUGUUAAGCCAAUCAAAGAUAUCCCAAAACGUUUCUUAAACAUGUUGGCGGCCACAAGUGCUGAGCGAGCCCGUUGUGAGGGAGAACCCAUCAUACUUGCAUCGCCUCCAACACCACCUGGUAAUGAAAAUUUUAUUGAAAAUCAAAACUCACAAUAUAUUAAUUGUUCUGGUCAUCAAACAUCAAUGGACAAUUGCUCUGUGUCCAGUGAAGGGGGUAACGGGCAGACUAUAGUUAGCUCAGUAGAUUCUCAGCUCUCUGCAUGCCAGACUAACUAUCAGGCUUUGUAUAUCCCCCCACAGCAGUCCUCCCUCCCAAGUGUCCAAACUCCUGCUUGCAGCACUGGUGACAGUUUCACUAACACCUCAUGUACUCAACCUCCAUUUUAUACAGGUUAUAGUAACACCAGCUUCCCUCCACAAAUGGGCACUGUGUAUUUCACCGACCAGACCUGUCCUCAAGGCAUGCCAUCCGGGUACACCACCUACUCACCAGGAAUGGGACCUCUGACUGGAUCCACCGGUCCUCAUCACCCAAGCCCCCAGCAGGCUCUCACCUACAGUGUUAGCCACCAGGUGUCCUCACAGGUUGCUAUAGCAGCCUCACAAUGACUGUCAGUGGCAUAGCUGCCUAUCGGCCAACUGCAUACACAUCAACUUCUACACAUAAGUUCACACUGGGUAUCCCGAUACGAUGACAAAUAAUCCAGAGUCAGAUUUAUCAAGCAUGAUAAAGGUGAGAGGAAGUUAAGAUAAAAGAUGUAGGCGAUGGUCCGUGGUUCAGUUCAUUUAACUACUGCGUUAAAGAAGUAAGUGUAAAAUUCAGAGUAGAAACAACAUUGUUUGAGGUAUUUGAUGUGUCAUUCAGCCUUUUACACUGUUGUUUUGGUUAAGAUUUACCAUUGUAUUACUUAAAAGUUUUAUGUACUCUCUUGAUCUAUUUUACAUAGUAACGUUUUGUGACAUUUAGUGAAGAUUUCUGUAGUUAGUAACGAUUUGUGAUAGUUAGUGAAGAUUUCUGUAGUUAGUAACGAUUUGUGAUAGUUAGAGAAGAUUUCUGUAGUUAGUAACGAUUUCUGAUAGUUAGUGAAGAUUUCUGUAGUUAGUAACGAUUUGUGAUAGUUGGUGAAGAUUUCUGUAGUCAGUAACGAUUUGUGAUAGUUAGUGAAGAUUUUAGGAUAGGGUUUGACACCUUUGGGCACAGAAAACAAAAAAGUGGGAGCAAAAUGUAUGUGUAUAAACAGAUAUGCACACUUAUGAGCUGUCUUGAAAUUAUCUAAAAUAUAGACCAUUUUCUAAGUUAAUUUUCCUGAAACUUCCAUGCACCUUGAUUUUGACUCCUCAUUAUUUGUGCCAGCUCUGGGUCCAUUGUAUCGGUAUACCCAGUGAGGUUAGAAUCCACAACAUAAACAAGAUUGUUGAAAUGGCAUUGUGCCAGCUCUGGGUCCAUUGUAUCGGUAUACUCAGUGAGGUUAGAUUCCACAACAUAAACAAGAUUGUUGAAAUGGCAUUUAUUGUAAACCUGUCCAAUUCUUUGUGAAAGAAAUGGUUCACUCCGUAUAUUUAAAGUUUUGAAUGUUGUCAAUCUUACACAAACCAUAUACAUCUAGGUCAUUCUGACAGUGUUUAAAAUCUUCAAAACCGUUUUUCCAUCGAGGGGCUUUGCCCCCCUGAACCCCCUCGCCUGAAAGGUUGCUUACACAUCAAAUGAAACCCAGCUACGCCCCUGACUGUCUCAUUCAAAAUCAUGUCGAUGACCUUCAUUUCACCUUUCUUGCCAUUCAUCUUGCUCAUGUCUUGAUAUUCUACUAUAUACAUGACCUAUAUUGUUGAUGACCUUGCCUUGUCCAUGACCUUGACCCCUUUUUGUCAUCAAGAAUCAUUUUCUGUUUAACGAUAUCAUACACUGGUUCUGUCUCCAUCACUCCAUUAUUGCAUGAGUCAUGUAAUCAUGUGCUUACUGGUGUUUGGUUCUAUAACAACUCCCACUAGCCCAGUACAUUAUAGUCAAAAUAUGGUCAGUAAGCACUUCAUCUGCCACAUUGGUUUCUUCACAAAUAUUAUUUAUUAACAAGAAAUAAACGAUAAGUUUGCUACACAAGGCUACAACCAAGGCAGAUGAGUCUAGCUAAGCCUGAUGAUGUUUUGAUUGACAAAUGUACUGGCUUGUAGUCCCAUGUAGAUUUUAGCUGUAACCCGACACUUACUUAAUAGACUUCUAUUUCAGGCUAUUAUUGUAUUUGCCAUAUUGGCUGUUACAAAGGAUUGUGGAGGUGCAGAGUGGAGGAGGAGAUGGGUUAACUUGGAGAUGGCAUGGGAAUUAAUGAAGUUAAUAAAGACCCCCUCACUCUUCUGAAACGGGGAACAAUAUCUAAAAUCCAAAUUCUGUUUAAAGUUUCAUAAAAAAAAUAUUGGAAAUAUGGGUACUGUACCUGAUUUGAGAGUACUAAACAAGAGAUCUAGAGGAACAUUCCACUUAGUAUUUUGGGACUUGAGGGAUAGGGGUGGAUACAUAGGUUGACCUAUGGUGAUGUGUAUUUUCUUUUGGAGAAGGGUACCAAUAUGGCAAAUACGGUAAGCUGAUUUUGUAAAUAUUCUUAUUUAUGGAAAUGGUAAUAAAAGCUCCAGGUUUAACAAUCCAAUUAACAAGAAACUUUUAACAUGAAAAUUAUCUGCUUUUCUUUCGAAAUAAUACCAUACAUGUAGUAUUGCAGAAACUUAAAGACAUUGUAAAAUUCCCUGUCAUAAAUAACUUUGUCCAACCAACUACCUGAUCCAUGAAAAAUCCUUGAGAAUUUGAAAUCCAUGUUAGAUUUACGUUUGCCUUAAUAAUGAGAGGUGGAGAUGAACCAGCUUAUCUUCCUGUUGAAAAUUGUGGUUACUUUGUCAGUUUUAAAGACAUUUUUUAGAUGUAGUGUUUUCUUGUAGAUUUAGAUACAUGUUUUGGAUUGUGUCCAAUACAUUACCCGGCCGACAAGUGCUAUUUUACAGACACAAUAAGUGUACUUAUUGUUGUACACAUUUAAAAAUUGUGUUCCUGUGACAUGUUGUAUUUUUUGUAAAUAGAUGUAUUAUGCAUAACAUACCAUGAAAAUGUCUCCAAACGUCAUUUUAUUAUAUUUGAGAACAAGAAUUGUUUAGGAGUGAAAUUUGGGCCCAAUAUUUUACACGAGUUAUUUUAUAAUCCUUUUCACACAAUCUUUCCAUUUUGUCAUACAUAUUUUUCAAUUUCUUGAACUUUCAAUCGUCAAUUUUUUGUAGUUUAUAAUAAUUUUCUAAAUAUGUUCUUUUAGAGGUUAUUUGAUAUGUUAGUUCUUAAAAAUGCAGUGCAUUCUAUUUCAUUUACUUCUAAAAUAAAUAAAUAAUAUUUAUGGCUAUAGAAUCACUUUUUGUAAUACAAAUCAAUAUUAUUCUGAAUUUCCUGUCUACAUAUCUGUUUAAAACAAAUACAAUAUUCAUAAUAUAGUUAAAUACUUGUGUUAAUUCCAGUCUGAUCACAACUUUGUUUUCUACAGACAGUGAUUUUAACAUUUUUCAUUUCAUUUUAUCGUAAAAUUCAGAAACGGUGACAGGUUCUCUUAUAACCUCCUACGUGCCUGUCUUGUACUGUUACUAUCGCUAAAGGAGGGCGUGUUUGUAAUAUUACUGUACGACAUAAACAGUUAGCCUCUUACAUCACACUUUACUUCCAAGCCAGCAGAAAGCAGUGAUCUGUUUAGUGAUCACUGUUAUACAAUCUGGCUACUCUUUUAUAGACGUUUCUAUCGCUAUUAUAGUCUACUUAACUGUCUAAAUUUACUGAAUGGUUUGAUGAACAUAGUGAACAAAUAUUUUACUGCAACAUUUUUAUGAUGUGUGAGUUAUCAAAUUGUUACAUUAUUUGAGAUAAUGUUUUAGAUACUGUGUUUUAUAUUACUUUCGAUAUUGAUAGAUCCAUCGAAUUAAGAAAUCUUUAAAAGAUAAUAUAUAUGCAGAUAGUUUUUAAUUUCAGAGCAUUUAUGUUACAGUUUGGUACUUUAAUCAAUUAUAAAUUUCUUGUAUUAAAAGUAUUUCGAAAUUGUGGUUUCUACUGGAAUUAUAUUUCAUAAGUGAACUCAUUCACCCCUAAAAUUUCAUAAUGAACCAUUCCAAUCUUUGAAUUGGAAGAGUUCAAAUGUUUACUUCAGGGGUGAAUGAGUUAAUGCAUAUUGUGGUUAGUCCUCCUUACAGAACUUGAUUUGUUAACACAGCUGGAGUUUGUAACAUAACUUUUAUAUUUAUUUUAAAUUAUUUUAAUUUUUUCUUUGUUUAGUCAGUGUAUUAUACUGUAGAGAUAUUUAUGUUGCCUGUAUAAGGUAUAGAAUGUUGCCCCACUCACUAGUGAAAUCCUUAAUCUUGUUUUCUUAUUAUUGUGACUACUGUUUAUUAACUCAUUCACCCCUGAAGACACAUUUGAACUCUUCCAGUUAAAAGGUUGGAAAAGUUCAUUAUGAAAUUUUAGGGGCGAAUGACAUAAACCAGCUGUAUGUGUUUAUCAGUUAAAACCUAUGACACUUAUGAUCAAAACAACAAAAUUGCUCAUCUAUUUGUCUUUUAAUUACUUGUGUUUUACAAUUUUUCCACAUACAGAUAAAUAUGUAUGUGUUCUGUUCAUAACCUACACCUACAUAUCUAGUGUUGUUAAUUAGUGAGAUGAUGAACCUCGUUAGUAUGGUAACUUACAGUUGGUUUCUGCGACAAUAUCACUGCAGUCAUCAUACCUUAUAUUUAUGGCCAUUAAAAUGACAUAAUAAGUAAUUUAUGAUGUCCAUAAAAAAUCAUUUCUGAAGCAUUACAAAAAUCCAUUUUACAUGAGGAUAGUUAAGGUGAAGUACUACUAACGAGGUUCCAAUGUAUUGUAGAUAAUGUAAAUAUAUUAUAAAAACGAGGUUGUUAGUCUAUCCAUAGUGAUAAGUCCAUUAACAUGAAGAUGGUUCCCUUAUAUACAGUACUAUACCUGUUAGCACUGAACAUUAAGGUAAACGGGUGACCACGGUAAUGGACCCAUCACUUAGUAGUUCUUGUAUUCUUAUGCAAAAACAGUUUAAGUGUUGUUGUUCAUAAAAAUUUACAUACAUCUCAUAAAUCCUUAUUUUUAAAAUAUCAUUAACAUAUUUUAAAGUUUAAGAUUUAUAUUGGAAGUAAUGUUAAAAUAAUGUGUUGUUAUUCAUUUGCUUUGUUAAAGAAUAUAUGUUACUAUAUUUUUCAUGAAGAAUUUAUUCCUUGUAUAAGUGUCUCAUGUAGUCACAAAUAAUAUAAAACUAUAGUCACUACCAGUCAAUGACUCGGCCUCCCUUACCCUUGUCAUAUAGGUGUAGUGUUCACGGAGCUGUUACUGAUAUCCCAGAAAGGUGGGAUAUUUAAUGUACUGUUGUAGUAGGACAGCAUUUGACAACUGUAUGUUUGAAAAGAAAUGAUGUGUAAAAUGUCGCUGUACCGUACGUAGAAGGUACAGUAGAACUUGUGAAUAUAGUGUCCCCAUUAUUUCAUGAACUUGUAAUGUAGCUGUGUUUAAUUUCCCUGACCCAAAUUACCGUCUUGUAAAGAUCAAUGUCCAUUUUGACUAUGGAGAACUAAGGCAGAAAGUAGGGUCUCUACUGUUCAUUGUAACCAUGUAACAUCUAAUUUAUCCAUGAACAAAUAAUAAGAAUACAAAAAAAUCUGUUUUAUCAUUGAGUAUCCAUGGCCAGUUUAACACUUGUUUUACUAAUAGUAUCACAGGAGUAGUCAGGGUUCAUAUACAGUGUGACCUGUCUUAAUCGAACUCUGUGUAAUCUGGAUAUCUGUAUAAACCAGACAUUCAUCUUGUAAAUCAAACCAUUGCAAUGUGAAUACCUUUCUACUUUGGAAAAUAAUAUUGGUACCUGUGGUACGUUGUUGAGACAGGUUUCACUGUAAGAUUUAUCUUUCAAAUGACUUCAUCCCCUCAGUAUAACCCUUUUUGUUUGACCUUGUGUAAAGCCUAUUCCAUUAUGUACUAGUUUGACUGGUCCUAGUCCACAGUCCACAGUGGGAUCUGGUGCUAAUAUCACUUGUUCAAAGGUCAAGCUCUGAAGUAAAUGUUCAUCAAUAAAACUGUUUAUCAUCAUG